AUGAGAGGAGAGAGCCAAGGUGAGAUGGCAUCUGUUCUGUAACAACUCGUUAUGUAAAAUAUACUUUCACCUCUUCUCAAUUGAAUAAGAUUCAAAUUCAAAAAUCCGCCACACAUCGAUAUCCUCUGCAAUACAGCCGUGACAGUGCAUCGAUAUUAAUAACCUAUCGAUAGCUUCAGCAAUGCAAACAGGGAAAUGGAGCAAUAUUUGGAAACAAUCAAAUUAAAAACUGAAUUCGAUGCAGAUGAGACGCAAAAAGAAACGGAAGAUAGCUGCAGUCUGGAGUUGGAGAUCAAGACGGAGCCGGACAUGGACAUGGACAUUGGGCCGACUUGUGUGGAAGAGCCCAAGAAGUUGUACGACAUCAGCCGGCUGCGAGUAUUUGGCGAUGUGCCGUUUGUUAUAAGGCGCAUGGAACUCAAGGACUUUCCGCUGAGCUAUACCAAGGCUGUGGGGAGCGUCGAGCAGCUGCUGGCAUGGCUGCGACGCAAUAAGGUGCCAAAUGGAAUUGGGAUUGGCUUUCGCAUUGCCCAACAUAUGCCGUCCUCGUGCAUUCUGAUACUGGCGAUCCUCAACCACAAAUGCCAUUUCUUUGCCACGGACAAAAUGAUGCUGUCGAAGGCUCUGCACAGUCAAAUGUGCAGCGCCGGUGUGGACUAUCUGGUGGUCAGCGGGCACAUGUCCGUCGGAGCUGUAUAUUUCGAGCGGAUCGACACCUGUUUGGUCUACAACGAGGAAUACAAGCUGUUCAAGCUGAAGCGCACUCCAAGCGAUCCUCCAGCGCAGGCGCAGAAGCCUCUGCCGGCCAAUAUGUGCUACACAAUCACGACAACUGGCACGACGGGAACUCCCAAGCUGAUUCACGUGCCCUACGAAUGUAUUGCUCCUAAUGUAGUGGCGCUCAGCCAGAAGCUGAACGUCUCCAUGGCCGACAUUAUCUACCUGGGCACGCCCUGCACAUUCGAUCCCUUUGUUGUGGAGCUGUUUCUGGCACUGCAAACAGGAGCCGCCCUGCUGGUCAGCCACCACACGAUGAGGGAAGCGCCAUCAAAGGUUCUGAGUGCGCUCUUCCCCACCAAUGUGACCACGACGGGCAUUACCAUACUGCAGAUGACGCCCUCGCUGUUCAGGCAAUUCGGAGCGGCUGCAAUACGCGAGCGCAUCUUGAGCAAUUCCAGUACAUUAAGGGUGCUUCUUCUUGGUGGCGAACCGUUUCCGUCUAGUGCAGAGCUGAUCACGUGGAUGGAGCCGCGUGUCCUGCUGCAGAAACACAUUUGCAACAUCUACGGCAUCACAGAGGUGUCGUGUUGGAGUCUGCUGCACAUUUUACAUUCCCUGCAAACGCAAAUGCCACUGGGCACGCCCAUCGAUGAUGAGACGGUGGUGCGGAUUCAAUACCAGAGCGAUCGCAACAUGCAGCACGGAGAGCUCUUCCUAGGCAGCGCUACUCGGCGUUGCUAUAUACCGGAAAUCGAUGAUGUGGAGGUGGUGAGAGAGGAGGACUCUGCCAUUUGCUUUCGAUCCACUGGAGAUCUGGUGGUGCGCUUGGAGGAUGGAACCAUAUGCUAUGGCGAGCGCGCCAAUGAUGUGGUCAAGCGAGCCGGCAAUCGCAUUAGUUUGGGCCUAAUCACUCGUAAGAUUGAGAAAUGUCUGCCCAGCGGGGAGCUGGCGACUUGCUUGUGGCUCGAGGAACUCCAGAAGCUCAUCUGCUGCAUACGCACGUUGGAGCUUAAGACCAAGGUGCAGCAGCGGGCCCAGACUUUCGAUAUACUGUCCAAAUUAUUGAAUGCGGAGCAGCCGGACAGAUUUGUCUAUCUACAGCACUUCCCCUGCAAUGUUCAUGGCAAACUGGACAAGGAACUGCUGCUCAAGGAGUGCAUACCGCUGGCUCAGCCUGCCCAGGAAAUACUAAAGAGUUUCCUGCACGACCGACUGGAAUGUGUGGACGUAUCGAAUGAAAGAAUGGCCAAGAAGCAACGGCUGGAGUGCGGCCUCCAGCCCUGUGGCUAUGAGCUGAGCUUUCGCCAGGCGGGUGGCACCUCGUUUCAUGCCAUAACGAUUUGUCGAGAGAUUGGCCUGCAAAUGUGCAUCGAUGAUGAGCAGCGACACGUGUUCGAGAUGCUGCUCGACGAGAAUGUUCCACUGCGCACCGUUCUGCGCUUCCUCGAUACGGCCAAGCUGGUGGCAAAUAAUACCAAACUGAAGCCGUUGGAGCCGCUGGCAAACUGCACCAGUGGCAGCGGCGGCACCUGUGGUCUGACCAUCACCCGCAUCGAGCAGCCAGAGAUCAAGUUCCAGUUACAUUGGAAGGUCAACUUCAGCAAGUGCAUCGAUUCGCCGGUGUCGCAGUACGAGGGACGCUACAUUUGCGUGGGCGCACAUUCCCAUAUUUUGCGGACACUGGAUCCACAAACGGGCAUCGAGCAGAGCAGCGUAAAGCUGCCGGAUCGGAUUGAGUGCAAAGUGACGUUCCUCAGUGAGCAGCUGGCCAUGGUGGGCUGCUAUGAUGGUUGCCUCUACGGCUUCAAUCACCUCACUGGUGAUAUUGUGUGGCGCGUGGAGAUUGGCGGCAUGAUCAAGGCCCAGCCAUUGCUGACGGCCGACGGCUCCCGAAUUGUGGUAUGCAGCUAUGCCGAGGACUACAAUGUGUUUUGCCUGUCCGCCGAACGGCAGGAAGUGCUCUGGUGCAUGAAGAUUGGCGAAAAAGCAAUAUUCGCGAGCCCCCUGGAGCUGCCCAAUGAACAGUCGCUGGUCAUCUGCACCCUGGAUGGUGGCUAUACGCGGAUCGCUCUCACCGAUGGAUCCGUUGAAUGGGCGCAAAAGUGCAAGGAGCCAUUAUUCGCCACUCCUGUCCUGCUGGACUCGAAGCCCAGCCUUUUUCUGUGCGCCGAGGUGGCCGGACGUGUGCAUGCCUGUCACGUGGGCAACGGCAAGAUUAUGGCUACAUACACGGCAGAGGGCAAUAUCUUCUCCUCGCUGGUCGUCAAGACGCCACCCACACAAAUGGGAUAUUCGUUUGUGGUCUUUGGCUGCAUCGAUCGUCAUGUGUAUUGCCUGCGAUGCAACACAGAACGGGUGCGACAACCGGUGUACUUCGAACUGCAAUGGAAGGUCGAUAUGGGAGCUCCUGUAUAUGCCACGCCCACACUACUCACGAUCCAGCUCAUCGGUCAUCUGGUUUGGAGCUGCGCCACCGACGGCCGCGUCGUUUUGAUGAAUUUUCACAACGGCCAGAUUCAGUGGUCGGCCAAGCUGCCUGGCGAAAUAUUUUCCACUUCCUGCUAUAUAGAGAGCCUCCGGCGAGUCUACGUGGGAUGUAGAGAUAAUUAUCUAUACUGCCUGGGCGUCUAAACGCGCGAAUACAGAUGCCACAACAUUGUAAAUUGUGAAAUGAAAUUAGAUUCUAUACAGGAAUAAGGAUAAAAUUAAGGAUUAAUCGUGAAUAGAAUAAGGGUAGGUCUGGUCGUAAACGUCCAGGAUAAUCCACCAUUGUGCCAAUUUGACAAGAAAUUAUACAGAAUUUAUUAAAUUUAUAAUA